AUGCACCAGUCUUCGUGCUCAUCGGCUUUUCAACAAUUGGCCGAGUUGACUAUACUUGAGGCACAGUAUGUGCACGAAUUCGUGCGGCAAUUGCCUGGUUUCUCCAGGCUGCAGGAUGAAGACCGCAAGAUUCUUCAAAAACAUUCUAAGACUGAAAUCCUCCUGCUACGUUCGGCCAGAAGGUACGAUGCAACGGAAAGAUGCUUACUACUCGGCAACGAUCGGCAUUCUUUCAGGUAUGAUCGACGUAGGUACUGCGAAGCUGGAAUGGCCCCAUAUGCCGAUUUUGUGUUUGAAUUAGCAAGAAGAAUAAUUGAGCUAUCACCGGAUCCGACAGAGAUGCUCCUUAUGGAAGCGAUUAUUGCCUUCUCUGAGCGACCCGGACUACAAGACGUGAGAAAGGUGGAGGAAACCCAAGAGGUGUACGUCGAUGCUCUGCAGCAGUACAUCGAUGCGAAGAGCUCCCCGAAUCUAUCAUUUCACCACUGCCUCAUCACCGUGCUCUCCGACCUGCGCAGAUUUUGCUCUGAACAU